GACAACCGCACCAUGCUGACCGCCAACCCGCUGGUGCUGCUGCUGCUGCCGCUGCUGCUGGCGGCUUCGUGCUUCGCCCAGGACCAGACGCCGCAGGUGCGAACCACCCUGGGCGACGGCACCUGCUCUCUCCAGGCUGCUACCAUCACCUGUGUCUGCCGCCCCGGCCAAGAGGCGCUGGAGCUGACGGCUCCCUUCAUGGAGGGCAGCGGCGCGGCCGAAGUUCUGCAGGUGAGCAGCUGCCCGUCGGUGACGUUCGCCUUCCCGCCGCUGCAGAAUCUGCACACGCUGCAGGUCGCGCACACCGCCAGAGCCACGUUCCAGGAGAAGGCGUCGCCCCUGCUGCGCCACCUUGCGCUCGUGAACAUCUCGGAGGUGGAGCUCCAGGGCCCCACCUUCCAGGGUGCCGCUCUGGAGACGGUGCUCCUCGACGGUGUUCGUAUCAGCGUUGUUCGCAGUGGGGCUUUCGCCGGCCUCAGCAAAAUCCAGAACGUCACAUUCAGAGACGUGCGCUUCAACGCAGUACUAGAGGGUGCUGUCGAACUCCAGAUGGUUGGCAACUCGGAGCUCACUAUCCUGAGAAGUGAAUUGCUGAGCGUUAUGGCAUCCGGCAUUGUCGUGAAAGGCGUGACGAACUUCACAAUGCACGAGUCUAGACUGACGACAAAGGGAGACAACGGUCUGCAGCUGGACGCCGCUGGCGCCGUAUCCGUCUCGGACAGCCAGCUGCAGUCGGGGGGCGCACUCAAGCUCGCCGUGCAGUCCGGCGCCCCCUUCAGGUUCGUCAACAACGUCUGUAAGAACUCGUCCUUGCUGGAAGUGGGCCAGCAGCUUCUGCAGUCCGGCGCCGCUUUCGACGCGACGAACAACACGUUCCAGUGCGCGUGCGACCCCGCGCUCGACGCCGUGCUCCGCCUGCCCGCGGCCGCCGCGCUGCUCGACAACAACCGGUGCGACGAGAGUCUGUGCGGGCAGCCGGUGCCGAUGCGCGUUCUCGCCAGCUGCCGCAGCCCGAGCGAGAAGCAGGCCGCCUGCCAGGCCGCGCUCCCAGCCGCCGCCGCCACCCCUGGUACAGCCUCCGCACCGCCCUCCACCACUCACCGUUCGGUGUCGACCACGGCCGGCGUCACCGUGUCGCCGAGGGCAGCCAAGCCGCUCAGCCCCGGAGGCAACAACACGGCCACUGCCACCGCCGUCUCCGUGACCGCGGCACUCCUGCUGACAGUGUCUGCUGCCGCGGCCCUUGCUCUGUAGCCAGUGGACUUAGCUCACAGGUUGCCGCGGCGAACAACCGACGUCUACUCUUAGUGAUGAAGGCGCCGACUACCCUAUUUUGUGGCCAAGGUCGCUCUAGCUUGCCGCUGCAGCUCAUCUGUCGCAAGUGGCGAGCGGUGGUACUGUGAAGCCGGUCGACUGUGUCCACCUGGCGACAUUCUGGGCUGGAGCCUAUCUCUCACUCCGAUAUCAGCCCACUGGAAAAUCAAGUCUCUACUGUCAAACUGGCCAGUACCCCACGUACAUAAAUCACUCGUUGCCUCUCUACAGAACUGAUUAAGUCGGCCCGCCAGUUGCCGCAACAUAGAUAGCCUGGUAGCAAAUUUGAGAACAGUACCUGUGCGAAAAGACGCUGGAAACGAGAUGUUCCUCUGUUUUCCCAGGCAGUGCACCAGUCGAUGGUCGCCUGCGCCAAUUUCCGCAAUUACUUAAGAGAACGCCGACAGUACAGUGGUGUGCGUGUAAUAAUGCGCGUGGUCUACAUCUACAUUUAUACUCCGCAAGCCACGCAACGGUGUGUGGCGGAGGGCACUUUACGUGCCACUGUCACUACCUCCCUUUCCUGUUCCAGUCGCGUAUGGUUCGCGGGAAGAACGACUGCCGGAAAGCCUCCGUGCGCCCCCGAAUCUCUCUGAUUUUACAUUCGUGGUCUCCUCGGGAGGUAUAAGUAGGGGGAAGCAAUAUAUUCGAUACCUCAUCCAGAAACGCACCCUCUCGAAAACCUGGACAGCAAGCUACACCGCGAUGCAGAGCGCCUCUCUUGCAGAGUCUGCCACUUGAGUUUGCUAAACAUCUCCGUGACGCUAUUACGGUUACCAAAUAACCCUGUGACUAAACGCGCCGCUCUUCUUCGGAAGGGCAGCAACAGGUAGUGUACCACGUAAUGCACCAGUUAAUAGCGCCAUUCGCCCAGGCCUGUCCGUAGGGUGCGCUUCGGGCAGUGCGUAGCACAGUAAGUGUUGACUUUCUUAUUACUCUAGGUACAGUGGCGGUAUGUAGCCGCUGCAGUGCGCAUUGAAGGUGGCAUAAAGCAAACACGUCAAGGAUUACGUCAAAAAGCGAUGAAUAUCGUUUUCUGAGAGCAAAACGUUUUCUACGGAGUCUCAGAAGCAGGAACAGUGGCCCAGUGUGCGCUUACCCUAACACUAAAGUACUGCUCGAGGCAACUGUUCGAGUGGGAUAAAGACACAGAACACACUGGUGGCGCUGUAAGGUAUUCUCCCUCUCUUUCUCUCUGGACAGAACGCUUCAUACACAUGCCUUCUUACUUACACACCACUGAACUUGAAGUCCUUCUGGGUAUGAGUGCCGAACUGGAAACACGGCACAAUAUGCUGUGAAGACCCUCCUAGGCUCGAGAAAGGUUUCUGGACCCUACUACCAAGACAAUCUUACCGAGUAGUGUGCUUUCCGUUGUAAAGCUGAGAUGUUGAUUCCAUUUUAUCCACAAUAUUUCGACGACCGGCCCAAAGCCGUCCCAAUCAGCUCCCGCAAGCUGUCUUAUGCGUAAUCCCCGUACGGGUCUGAGCCAGACCAGUGUUCACGCAAAGAGUACACAUAACAAAGCUCACAGCACCCGAAGGAGACGACUGGGUCAGUCACUGAAUUAUUUUGCAUGAAACGGAAUAAACAGUCAGCUGUUCACCUAAAAGCAUAUCAUUAAUCAAUCACGACAGGAACACCUAAAAGAACAUACAGUCUUCCCUUCUCACUUAUAUACAUUCUGAACCCUGAGCUCUGGUCCCACGAAUCUUUGUAUUAAAGUAAAUUCACAAGCCUGCAACCGCAACCCAAUUUGAUAAACAAAACAUUUGUUCACCAGUUGUCCACAGGAAGUAUGUCAAUAAAAAGCGUAGUUUCACCACACAGAUUCAUAUGAUAUGUGACUGGUGCUUAUGUCUCACUAAAGGGUACGAUUAUCGCAUUAGCAGUAUCGUAAUGCAGGGUGGAAAAACAACUGCACAUCGCUUCGCAAUUUCAGUCGUGGCAGUAAAUUCAAAGGUGAUAUUGCACUCAUGCAACAGUCGAGAGCGCAAUGCAGUUUUCUGACUCUGACACAUUAGUGGUUUUGUAAGAAAUUCACGUUAAUGUCGCAGACUCCACUGACGCCGCUAGAGAUUUCGCAGAGCUGUAGUGCCAUGCUAGUGUGAUAGAGAAUGUGAGCAGCCUGUCAAUAUGCUGACUUUGAGUGGCAAGUAUAGGACGUGUAAUUAAUUGUGAUGUGCCACAAUUCAACUUAUCCAACCACGUUGUGCAUAGUUCCGCUUGUAAAGACUGACUGAACACUGUGAAUUUUCUUACUGACACUGAAAAUCAAGAUUCCUAGUGGAGUUUCUUCAAUAAAAUUAUACGUUACGUCUGUUGUACUUCACUGUUUUUAUAAAUAUUCAUAAGUAUUAAUUAUUUAUAUAUGUAUGUGUCUGUACGUAAAAAUAAAUUAUCAAAUAAAA